AUGGUAAAAGCGGGAGGGGAGCUAAUGGGAACAGAAGAGAGGAUGGAGCUGGCGGAAAGAGCAAGGAAAGGGCGAGGUCUCGGAGGAAGGGGAAGAGCAGGCCGCAGGAGCAACCAGAAAGAGAGGAGGAGGUCCCAGAAAAAAAAGAAAUCAUCUGGCAAAAUCCGAUAUUUACAGAGGAGACGGAAGAGACCAUGGACAGCCAAGGGGGGACACUACCUCAACAAGCAGGCGGUGCUGUCACCUUUGGGUGCGGCCCGCAUGUCCCAGCUCCUCCUCGGCUGCACAAUAAUGGCCCUCGUGUCCCACAGUGCCGGCUACAGCGCCAACUAUGGGAUCUACUGCAUGUUCACCUGGUGCUUCUGCUUCGCCGUCACGCUGGUGGUGUUCGCCAUGGACGUCACCCGGCUCCACAGCUGCAUGCCCAUUUCCUGGGACAACUUCACCGUGGCCUUCGCCAUGCUGGCCACGCUCAUGUACAUCACGGCCUCCGUGGUCUAUCCUGUCUACUUCCUCCGGACGGGAUGCCCCGAGGAAGGCUGUGAGGUCCGCAACUACCGCAUCGCUGUCACGGUUUCCUCCAGCGUUUGUUGCUUCCCCUACGGGGCUGAGGUGUUCCUGACCCGGGCCAAGCCAGGAGCAGUGGUGGGCUACAUGGCCACUGUGUCGGGUCUCCUCAAGGUGGUCCAGGGUUUCGUGGCCUGCAUCAUCUUCGGGGCGCUGGCCAACGACAGCGAGUACAACCGUUUCAUUGCCACGCAGUACUGCGUGGUGGUGUACAGCCUGUGCUUCUUCUCCGUCACGGUGAUAGUGGUCGUGGUUACGGUGUCGGGGAGAACCUCCGCCCUGCGGUUCCCCUUCGACCGCUUCGUGGUCGUCUACACCUUCUUCUCUGUGAUCCUCUACCUCAGCACGGCGCUGAUCUGGCCCAUCUUCAGCUUCGACAAGAAGUACGGCACCGCCUCUCGCCCCGAGGACUGCCCGCAGGGGAAGUGUCCCUGGGACAGCAAGCUGGUUGUCGCGGUGUUCACUAACGUCAACCUGAUCCUCUAUUUCAUAGACCUGGUCUAUUCCCAGAGGAUCCGCUUCAUCUCUAACGCCGCGGUCUGA